CAGUCCGAGUCUCUGCGGCCGCCCGGUGCGCCCGGGCGAGCGCACCUCUCCCGGCACGGCGGAACCGAGGCGACGAGGAUCAGGCGGGUCCUGCGCCCGCUACCACUGCCCACCGCCGGCCAGCCCGGCUGCGAGCGGCGGAGUUGCAGCGCUUUUUAGCGCUCUGAAGCCCCAGAAGACCUCUGCGAACCAAACACACUGAGUCCUUCUCUGAUUUCAACAGUGGAACACAACUUCAGAGCUGGGAAUUGGCCAGGAAGGAAGAGAGAAUCUCAGCAUAAUAACCCUUGAACGAAACACUCGUCUGCACAACCGUUUCUCCAAGGAGGACCCAUGUGACCUCCUGUGAAGAACUGACCCGCCUGCGGUCACCCCAGCUCCCACCAUGGGCCCUGCAGGAAGUGUACUGAGCAGUGGGCAGAUGCAGAUGCAGAUGGUCCUGUGGGGAAGUCUGGCUGCCGUGGCCAUGUUCUUCCUCAUCACCUUCCUCAUCCUGCUGUGCUCCAGUUGCGACAGGGAGAAGAAGCCACGGCAGCAUAGUGGGGACCAUGAGAACCUGAUGAAUGUGCCUUCCGACAAGGACAUGUUCAGCCAUUCGGCAACCAGCCUGACAACAGAUGCACUGGCUAGCAGCGACCAGAACGGGGUGCUCACCAAUGGCGACAUUCUUUCAGAAGACAGCACGCUGACCUGCAUGCAGCAUUAUGAGGAAGUCCAGACCUCAGCUUCAGAUCUGCUGGACUCCCAGGACAGCACAGGAAAGGCCAAGUGCCACCAGAGCCGGGAGCUGCCCAGGAUCCCGCCCGAGAACGCUGUGGACGAGAUACUCACAGCCAGGGCUGCAGACACGGAACUGGGGCCGGGAGUGGAGGGGCCCUACGAGGUGCUCAAGGAUAGCUCCUCCCAGGAGAACAUGGUGGAGGACUGCCUGUAUGAAACAGUGAAGGAGAUCAAGGAAGUGGCAGACAAAGGCCAGGGUGGCAAAUCCAAGUCCACUUCUGCCUUGAAGGAGCUGCAGGGGGCUCCCGCGGAGGGCAAGGCCGACUUUGCUGAAUAUGCCUCUGUGGACAGAAACAAAAAGUGCCGCCACAGCACGAACGCAGAGAGCAUUCUGGGAACUUGCAGUGACCUGGACGAGGAGAGCCCGCCUCCUGUCCCAGUUAAACUUCUGGAUGAGAAUGCCAACCUUCCACAGAAGGGAGAGGGACAGGCAGAAGAGCAAGCUGCGGAAGGACCCAGUGGACACAGCAAGAGAUUUAGUUCCUUGUCGUACAAGUCUCGGGAAGAAGACCCGACUCUUACAGAAGAGGAGAUCUCGGCAAUGUAUUCCUCAGUGUAUAAGCCCGGACAGUCGGCACACAAACCUGGGCCGUCUAGGAAAGGGCCGGAAUCUGCCUGCCACUCCAUGAAGGGCCUCCCUCAGAGGUCAUCGUCUUCCUGUAAUGACCUCUACGCCACUGUGAAAGACUUCGAGAAAACUCCCACCAGGAUCAGCACACUGCCCCCCGCACAGAGACCCAGUGAGGAGCCAGAGCCUGACUAUGAAGCCAUACAUACUCUAAACAGAGAGGACGAGAAGGUCCCUCUGGAGACCAAUGGCCACCUUGUCCCCAAGGAGAAUGACUACGAGAGCAUCGGGGACUUGCAGCAAUGCAGAGACAUCACCAGGCUUUAGCAACUCAAAGAGGCCUUGAUCAACAGCCCUGCUUUGGAGAGGAGGUGACUGCAGUGUCAUGCUGCUUUGCUGAACUGAAAUCUUCAAGUGCGGGCUCACAGCUGUCUCCCAGUUUCCAAAACAGUGAGGUACGACCUGCCUGCCAGGGCAGCCACUCUCCAGUGCUCCCAAGAAACCCCUGGGACCCCUUACCUUCACAUUCCACAGAGGAAGGCCAGCUGUGGGUGGUGGCGGGGAAGCCCCACCCACCAAUGCCAAAAUUCCACCUGCCUGCUGAAGAAGAGCCAGGUUUCCGCCCUCGCUCUCUUUUCCUCUGCUCCUCGUGCUAAAACACUGGCACUUCGCCCCUGGAGACCUCCCAUGUGUGCUUCAUCCCAAGGACGGUCUCCCACUGGCCUUCAGCUAAAUGUUAGCGUGGAGAGAAACUGGUUGCCCUUAACCCACCCUCUUCCCAGACCUGCUUCUUAGUCCCUGGGACUCUGGAUGUGCAGGCUGUGAGGUGUGGGCUGGGCUGUCCCUGGGGUCUCUGGGGCUGUGGGGUAUGGGCUGGGCUGUCCCUGGGGUCUCUGGGGCUGUGAGGUGUGGGCUGGGCUGUCCCCGGAGUCUCUGGGGUUCUUGCUUCUCAUUGGACAUUGCAUCUUCAGUUUUCACAGGUACAUGAAGUCAGUUGAGACAUUUUUAAUGUUUUAUGUGGAAAACCUUCCCGGCAGUGUUUAAAUUUUCAAAGCUGCUGUGGUACUUGUGUAGCUGUUCACACCCAGUGCACUUUCUUCCAAGCAGAGCCUUAAUGUUCCUGUGAGGAUGGCGGCCAUGGUGUCUGUCCCCAAAGGGCUGUGGACAUAAAUGUGUUGCCAGUGGUCUUUGCUGCCCACACAUGUGACUUUCCUAUAAUCUGAUGGUACUCUGAGUAAAAUGUAAGCAUUUAUUUUAUUAUAUAAAUUUAUAAGAUGUUUUUUGUUUAAUGCCUAAUUUCUAGGAAGUGCCAGAAAAUAUAUAUUAACUAUUUGGAUUUUAUGUACAAUGAUUUAUACUCUCAUUUUAAAAAAGAUACCAUAAAGCACAUAAGCUAGAUAAUUAUAAGCAGUUUUUAUUCUUUUCUCUAGUAAGUAAUGUAAUAUUGAGGAUUUGUUAAGGCUCAACUUCUCAGACAGUACUGGGAGUUCUAGAUCCAAACACUGAGACACUGAUGGCAAAAUGCAAUGGACAUGAAUAAAUAACUGUCACUGCUGAGACACUCGGUGUUAUAAAAAAACAAAAUCUGACUUGGGAAUCCUGAAAGUACCAGACUUUCACUGAUGUCUAGCGAAUCCUCUAAGGACACCAGUGGUGGUGCCCCUGUCCAGUAUCUGCCGAUGCAAAUUGCCCGGUUGUUCAUCGCUUCACAGACAUCAGUGGCUGAAGCAGCUCACAUUGAAAGUUCAAUCAUCUCUCUAGAUCUUCCCAGGCCAGCAUUGGAAAUUGUGUUCACUUUUCAUUUUAAAAGGAGUCUAGCUGAAGUGCAGGACACAGAUAAAGAGACAACCCAUUACUUCCUACUGCCAUGUGGUGUGGCAUCUUCUAAUGACUUAAGAACCAUGCCAUUUUCCUUCCCUGUGACAAAGAGCAUGCCUGGGAAGGUGACGUGAGCAGUUCUGUGGCCUGUCUUUCCAUCCGUGUGCUCACCAACUGGUUGUGGAUCACACCUGUGGAGCUGCAAACUCUCUUUGAUGUUGUUGGCAUUAGCCUAGUUAUCCAUGAAGAUGGCGGGCGCAUGGAUAAGCAUCGCCUCUGCUGGCCUCGCCACAAAGGUGGGAUACCAGAGGGACCUGGGAGCACAAGGGUCCCCUCAUCACAUGACAGUCCACAUGCCACAGGGCACUCCUGCUGCCACCAUGCAAUUCCUUACAGGCAUCGUAUAGCUCAGGAGUUUGAUUAUGUUUUAUAAAAAGUCUUAGCAGGGAAGCUGGUAUGAUCUCUAAAGUAUAAAACUCAUUUUUUUCUAUUACUGCACGCUUUAUUAUUCAUAUACCAUCCAGAGACAUAAAACCCAACAGCCCCCUGCCCCAAGAAGGAUGUUGAAAAACAUUAACAAUAAGGAGCCUGUGCCAGAGAGUCAGGGAUCCUGUGACACACCGUCUCUGCUUUGGUACCCAGAAGAGAGUGUGAGAGAAAUCCUGUGACAUGCCAUCUCUGCUUUGGUGCCCAGAAGAGAAUGUGAGAUUCUUCGAGGCUUCCAGGGCUUCGGGGAGUCCAGAGUCAUUUUGAGGGGACUCCUUGGGGUUCUGCCUGGUAGUCCCUCUUGAUGCAGAUUCCAAUUCUUGUGGGCCUUAGACAACUGCUUGAGCUUCAUCUCACGCCUCUUCUUGAAGAAAGAGUAUCUUAUGUCUCCUUUUGUUAGUUUGAGUUUGUCAGCCAUGGCCUCCAGAGUCCUGUCCUUAGUCUUUCUCAAAGUGCUUUUUUAGUUCCUGGGACUGCUCACAGGUGACCCCAGAGUGUUCAUCCCGUCGGACAGACCCAGAGUUGUCUCCAUCUCAGUUACUUCUUUCUCUGUUGCAGCUCACUUGAGUUCUGUUCUUCAGGUUUGCAUAAAGCUCUUUCUUCAGAGAUAAGCUCAUUAUAAAUGAUCAUGUCAUCUUGAAAUCCUGUUGUCCAAAUGCCCCAGAGUUUCCAAAUGUGGUAUGUAACAUAGUCAUGAAACGUGUGCUGACAUUCCUCUCCUGGUCUCAGAGGUCACAGUACUAAGAGUAAGUGUGACGUGCGAUCUCACAGGGUUCUAUACGAGGAACCUGGAGGCCCUCUCUCCAACAUAAAUUCCAAAGGAAUAAGCACUUGCUUGUGACUAUACAGAUUUUAGCCAAGUAAAAGAGCAAAAGCUCACAGCAAAACAGAAGCCUGGACAAUCAAGCCAAAGACGCCAGCACACCAGGAACAACGUGGUAACCAUGUACCUGACCCUCAACCGAGCAAAGCACCCCUCACCGGUUACUCUCUUACUUGGCUAAAAUCCGUGUUCCUGUCUUUGAGCUGGAUGGAGCCUGUAGUUUGGUUUAAAGUCUAAAUGUUACAGAGUUUAAAUGUGUGAGAAAUCAUCAAAAGGAGGCUGAACUGUACACAUAAACACCUCUGGAUCUACAGCAGGCUGGACUGUACACUUAAACAUCACCGCUGAGUAGACAGCAGUGACUAUAGACUCACCAUAGACUAUCUUAUGUGAAAUGUUUCCAAAAUUCUAAAAGAAAGUCAUUUUUAUAAAUGUGUUGGCUGCAUAUUUUUGACUUGUCCUUAUCUAAAUCACGUCACUAAGUCUGCAAAACUUCUAAAUAAUACCAAUAUUCUUUGUGGGAAAAGGGUUAUUUUGGGUCUUUUAUUAUUUUUACAUUAUACCUCUGAAUAUUUAUGUUUUACUGUUCUUCAGGUUCUUUUAUUUAACUAAAAGAUGUUUGUUUGGAUUUUUACUCUCAGAUGAAAUUGGAAGUGUAAUUGCUUAAAAGACAGUAUAAAGAUCAUUCCAUUUACUCUUCAGGUAUCCAAACACAGACUUCCCCUUGGAUUGGCACUGCUAUUCUGUAGGACUGGUUUGGUUUGGUUUGGUUUGGUUUGGUUUGGUUUGGUUUGGUUUGGUUUGGUUUGGUUUGAAGAUCUAGGAACUGGACACGGCAGCCCAUGCCUGUUAUCCUAUAAUGAGGGAGAGUGGGAAAGACGGAAGGUCUUGCAUUCAAGGCCAACCUGGGCUACAAGGCCAGACUCUAUUCUAAACAAAAUGUUCUGGUUAUCUCAAAUCACCCUGUAUGUGUUAUAAAGGUUGGUGAGUGUCCCUCCUCAGACUUCUAUGUUAAACUGGCACCUGUUCAAUAAUGCUGUUGUAUUUACAUGCCUUGUGAUUUGUGGGGGAGUUUGAAAUACAGGCAGAUAAAUACACUGUUACAAGUAGAGGCUGUAGUUCUCAUUCCAGCAAGUUCCCUCAUACAGAUGGUUGGUUGUGACAUGACCCUACGGUUCCCAGCCACUUUGAAGGUACUCCUUGUAUCCAAGUAGGGUACAAAGUAGUUCAAGACACAAAGCAGUUACUAAUUAUCUCUGCUGAUAUUUGUAGCUAUCUGAUCAUAAAAGAGUAAAGAGGUUUUUUUUCAAUGUGAAAAUACUUAAACCUUGGCUUUCUAUGUUCAAACAUAUUCACACUAGCCUCAGGCGGUUCUUCCCCGACUCUGAUGCCCUUCCAGAGGCGGAAGGACUAGGGUGUGAAGUCAGUGUUUCCUUCCCCCUCACUUUGCCUACUCCUGCACAGAUGGCCUACUGCCCCUUCAUCCAUUUGCCAUGGACCUCAUCCCCAUCAUGAGUGUCUAUACAACUGUCACCUCUGUGCCAUAUCUACAGGAGGUCCAGAUUCUCUUCCAGUACCGCUCACCAGCCCAGGUGGAACCACUGACUGUGAGUCUGGAGUGGCCACCGCCCAUUCUCUGCAUCUCAAGCUCCAAGAGAAGGUCGAACACUAACCUGCAAGCCAAGGCUGGUGACUUUGACCAUUCCUAAUGCAUUUCCAUGAGUUUUCCAUGUAAACCUGGUCGGUUCCCCUUUACUCUGUAAUGUUUGGCUGGUGCUCUUG